AUGGCUGCUGCAAAAAAACGUACUCUAUCGGGCAUCGAAGAUGUGGGAGACAGAAAAGCAAAGGUUAUUAAAGACAGCGGUGAGAAGAGACACAUCGCAGCCCUGAUCCUCGCGAGGGGAGGCAGUAAGGGGAUCCCCCUGAAGAAUAUCAAAGUUCUCGCCGGUGUCCCGCUCAUUGGAUGGGUUCUGAGAGCUGCAGUGGACUCCAAACAGUUUGACAGUGUGUGGGUAUCAACUGACCAUGAUGACAUUGAGAAGGUAGCCAAGGCAUGGGGAGCUCAGGUUCACCGCAGGAGCCCAGAGGUGUCCAAAGACUCCUCCAGCUCUCUCGACACCAUCCAGGAAUUCGUCCGAUUAAACCCAGAGGUGGAUGUGAUCUGUCACAUCCAGGCCACGUCUCCCUGCCUGCACCCCUUCCACCUGAAGGAGGCCCUGGAGAUGAUCACCAAGCAGGGCUUCACGUCCGUCUUCUCCGUGGUCCGACAACACCACUUCCGCUGGCAGGAGGUGAAGAAAGGAGGUAGUGUAGCCACCCAGUCUCUGAACUUAGACCCGUCUAACAGGCCCCGGAGACAGGACUGGGAUGGAGAGCUGUGUGAGAACGGAUCUUUCUACAUUUAUACCAGAGCGACGAUAGAGAGAGGCCUGCAGGGGGGGAGGUGGGCUUACUAUGAGAUGCUGCCAGAGUACAGUGUGGAUAUUGAUGUGGAUAUCGACUGGCCCGUGGCAGAACAGAGAGUACUGAGGUUUGGUUACUUUGGUCUGGACAAGCCUGAGGUGGUGCGUCUGCUGCUGUGUAACGUCUCCGGCUGUCUGACUGACGGCCGCGUCCUCAUCUCUGUCUCUGGAGAGGAGAUGGUCUCAGUCAACACCAGAGAUACUAUGGGUAUCCGCAUGCUGCAGAGAGAGGGGGUGGAGGUGAUCCUGAUCUCGUCCAGUGAGGACCUUCUGACCAAGGCCCUGGCUGACAAUCUGUCCCAGAGGACAGGCUGCGAGGUCAGACAGCUGGGCAAGGACAUCCAGUGUGAAGUCAAAGCCAUGAUGGACGACAGGGAUCUGGACUGGAAGGAGGUCGCCUAUAUGGGUAAUGAUGCACCAGAUGUUGACUGUCUGAACCUGGCUGGGCUGAGUGCAGUACCCCGGGACGCUCCAGUGGUGGCGAUCAACGCUGCUAAAUACUCCUGCCACAGUGCUGCAGGCCUGGGGGCUGUGAGGGAGUUUUCUGAACACAUCCUGCUGCUCAAGAAGAAGGCCAAGUCUCAGAUGGAACAGGACCGCAUCCACAGAAAUACAUUCUAAACUCUAGAAUGUGUUCUAAAGUCACAGAGAUCCAUUCUAAAGUCUAGAAUGUGUUCUAAAGUCACAGAGAUCCAUUCUACAUUUCUAGAAUGUG